CAUGACUUGGGGUACGUCAUUUGGCGCGAGCUUUUACGCGAAAGUUCGGCUAAUUUAUUUCAGCAGUCUGGUUUGGCUGAGAUCUUCGUGCGAAAUAGGAUUCUUCCUUCCUCUCUCUCCCCCCGCCGUGCUUCUUCCCCCACUGACCGGCCACAAUCUGCCGCCUCGACUUGCGUCGCCUUCGUUUUUUUUUCUUCCUUCUUUGGUUUCCCAUCCUCUUUUGCAAGACCCAUCUCUGCUCUGCUCUGCUCUCUCUCUCUCUCUUGAAUCGUACCUCCUUUGGCUCAAGCGCGAAGGCGGACGUUACCGGGACUCGUGUUGUGUCUCUCUCCCCACGGUAAUAAGCUUGCAUUUACUUAACAGUGGGGUAUCAAGUAUAAGAAAGAAAGCAAGCAAGCAAGGAGGCGUUGGAGAUUGUGGAAAUGUUGGUUUUAAGUAACAUUUGGUUGUCUCACUCGGUUGAUGCAAGUGCGAUGUGAUGGUGUCCUAGGGCGGGGCGAGUGUUCUGUGGUGUUUAUUCUGUUGGCGAUUUUCUUUGGGUGAGGUGAAAUGGUGGACUGGGUGCAUCUGCACCGUCUCUGGGAGAAAUGGGCUUCCAAUACAAUUGGCUCUUCUGGCAAGCCAUUGAAAGCAGCUUUGCUUCUCAACCAUGAUCAAAAGUUGCCAUCCCGUUAUUUACCCGUUAUAGCAGAGCAAUAUGGAAUGAAAAUGAGACCAGAUGAGAUGCGCCCUUUCCUUGACUUUGUCAAACGGGACAACCUUCAGAUGGAGUGCUUUUUCAUAGGAGCAAAUGAGUACUUGGUCACAUCAAUGCAUGAGAAUUGGUUCUGCAUGAGGUGCAUAAAUACAUCUAAGCCUACUGGCGAAGGGGCUAUUGUUAUGAAGACUGCUUCAUUCAUUUUGAUUGCAAUGUAUGAUGGUUCCAUCAGUGCAGCUUCUCAGGCAAUGGCAGCUGUUGAUCAAUUUGUUUGGCAGCUGAGUCGAAGAAACCUCUGAUGCAUGGCUUUCUUUGGCCAUACAUUCCAGAGCCAGAAUUUCCUGUAUAUACUGCAACCGGUAUAGGCACCAAGGGAGAUUCAUCACAUGGCAAAUGAAGUUCCAGACUGCACUUUUAUGGAGCUUCAGCGACUAGAUUUUUCAUGUUGCUGUCCUUGUUCUUGGGUUAUUCACUAAGCAUGGAGGUUGAUGCAUUAGCAAUUGUUGCAGGUGUUUGAACCAGCAUAAACCAGGCGCUUGUGCACCAAAGGUGCAAAUAUUUUCUCCAGCUUUUUCUUAUUCUCUUCUCACGACUAGCUUUUGUAUAGUCACCAAGUGAAUGACAACACCAAGCAUGUACCUGCUCUUUUGAGGUUGAUGUCUUCGGUUCCAGUCUUCCGGCAUCUUGCAACUUGGUACGCAGAUGUGGUGAAGCCUGAAUUCUGAAGGUCGCAGACGGUUGUUUUUCAUUGUCAUUAGUUGGAACAUGCAGACGGUUGUUUUUCAUUGUCA